AUGGAAAACUUUGUCAGUGCUCCUCAUCAUUUCGGUUGGCAUCGAAUUAUUAUUCGUACAAUUGUCCUUUUAGCAAUUUUAUUUGUUGCGGAAACAGUACCCAAAUUCGGACCAAUCCUAAAUGUUAUUGGCGGUAGUACAGUUGCGCUCACAUCAGCAAUGUUACCGCUUAUUUACAAUAAUUAUCUGAACGCAUCGAUCCGCGAUCCAAUCACAAAUACUUAUAAACGACCAACAUUUUCACAAGUACUUCAACGAAAUUCAAAAAUUAAAUUAUUGAUUGAUUUCAUUGUUAUUGUAGUAUCGGUACUAUUCGGCAUGGCCACAACAUACAUUGCUAUAAUUGAUAUGUCAUCAACAGAUUUCAAUGCGCCGUGCUAUUUGUCAUUUGCGGAAAGUGCAGCGGCGCAGAAUGCAUCUGCUGAACUGUUAUCAGUGCAGUCAUCGCUUUGUGAUUAA